CAAUCAAAAUCGAUCGGAAAAUCAGAGGAAAAAUGUAGUUUUUAGUCAGUUUCGCUCAUUUUAACACAAAAAAUUAAGAUAAAUUACCACUCAAAAUGACAUUCCUGUUGAAAACGAGUGCCAUAAACCUAAAACAGGUCCAAACGACCUCGUCUAAGCCAUUUUUAAAGUACGGAGCGUACUUGGCCUGCAUCAUAAUUGUCUAUUUACUGUACAAAAGUCUCCUGGAGCAUGGAAGCGGUGAAUUUUUGACGUCAUCCAAGCAUGUCUUGGAUCAGGAUUCCGAAGUAGCUCGUGCCCGGGAUCCCACAUGCAGCUAUUGGGACUGUUUCAACGUCUACAGAUGCGGGCAGCAACGAUUACUGGUGUACGUUUACCCGAAUGCCCGUGAUUUUGUCGAUGAAAACGGCAACAAAGCUGAUAAAUUUACCAAAGAAUUCUACGUGAUGCUCCAAACGAUCAUCAAUAGUCGAUAUUACACCUCGAAUCCGAAUGAGGCGUGCAUUUUCGUCCCCAGCAUCGACAUGUUGAGUCAGGCAAACAUCAACAUUGACUUAGUUAAUAAAGCCUUGGCUGCUUUACCAUAUUGGGAAAAUGGUCAAAAUCACCUUUUGUUUAAUUUUAUUGCGGGCGCCAGUCCCGAUUAUUCCACCGUUAUGGAUGUCAAUACCGAUAAAGCUCUCAUUGCGGGAGCUGGCUUCGAUACAUGGACCUACCGCAUGGGUUUUGACGUCUCCAUUCCAUUUUACAGCCCAUUACUGAACGAAUUUCGCUUCACAAAUCAAAAUUACGGACAACGUCGACCUCAUCUUCUAGUCUCGCCACAACUGAAUCUCUUCUCCAAGCAUUUUCGGGUCUUGCAGGAACUUGCAUAUGAUUAUCCUGAGCUACUUUUGUUACAAAAGUGCCCUGCUCCAACCACAGGACAAGAUAGUGCCGGGCAAAAGCAACCGCAAAUGUUCCAUUUGGACACUCGUUGCAAUUUCCCGAAUGGGCGUGAAUUCGAUUACCCCCAAAUUUUGGAAAAAGCGACAUUUUGCUUGAUCGCACGUGGCGUAAGACUCUCACAACCGAAUUUCAUCGAAGCAAUGGCAGCUGGAUGCAUUCCCGUAGUCAUGGCAGACAAUUAUGUCAUGCCGUUUAGCGAAAUUUUGGACUGGAAUUUGGCUUCCAUACAAAUUCGCGAAGGAGAUUUGCAUUCCGUGAUGAGCGUUUUAAAAGCGGUAUCGAAACAAAAAAUUAUUGAACUGCAAAAACACGUCAAAUUCUUCUACGAUCGAUAUUUUUCGAGUUUGGAAAAAAUUACGAUGACUGUUCUGGAUGAGCUGAAUGACAGAGUGUUCCCACAUUUGGCAAAAGAUUACAAUUAUUGGAAUUUACCAUCGAAUUCCGUGCAAAAUCCGUUAUUUUUGCCCAUCAUAGCGCCACAAAGUCAGGGAUUUACUGCCGUUAUUCUCACCUACGACAGAGUUGAAAGUCUCUUUACGCUCAUACAAAAAUUGGCGGUUGUUCCGUCGUUGCAAAAGAUUCUCGUUAUAUGGAAUAAUCAGAAAAAGGCGCCGCCACAUAUCAAUCACUUCCCAAAAAUCUCAAAACCCUUGAAAGUUAUUCAAACCAAGGCAAAUAAACUUUCGAAUCGAUUUUAUCCCUAUGAAGACAUUGAAACGGAAGCUAUUCUCACAAUUGAUGACGACAUCGUGAUGUUAACUGCUGAUGAGCUUGAUUUCGGGUAUGAAGUAUGGAGAGAGCAUUAUGAUCGAAUUGUCGGAUUUCCGAGCAGAACGCAUGUUUGGGAUAAUGUCACCGAAAAAUGGCGUUACGAGUCGGAAUGGACUAAUCAAAUUAGUAUGGUUUUGACUGGAGCAGCGUUUCAUCAUAAGUAUUGGAGUUACAUGUACACCAACGCCAUGCCAGGCGACAUCAAAGAAUGGGUGGACGAGCACAUGAACUGCGAAGACAUUGCAAUGAACUUUUUGGUAGCCAACAUCACGAACAAGCCCCCAAUCAAAGUGACACCCCGCAAAAAGUUCAAAUGCCCGGAAUGCACAAACACGGAAAUGCUCUCAGCUGACUUGAAUCACAUGAUGGAACGAUCCGCUUGCAUCAACAGAUUCGCAAAGAUUUAUGGCACGAUGCCGCUCAAAAGUGUCGAAUUUCGCGCAGAUCCGGUACUGUUCAAGGACAACUUCCCGGAGAAAUUGAAGCGAUUUAAUGACAUUGGGAACUUGUAGGCAGCUUUUUUCUAAGUUAUUCAGUAUUUGUUAAGGUUUAAAAGUAAAAAAAAAACAGAAUUAAUGUGUAGUAGAUGUUAGAUGACGAGAAAAAGUGAAAAAUAAAUCAUUUGAAUU